AUGAUAUGGGCUGGAGAGAAAGGCCGAGAUGUAUAUAAUACCUGGAAUUUAACAGGCGAAGAAUCGAAAAAGCUCACUACUUACUACGAAAGAUUCGAAGCGUAUGUAAAGCCCAAAUCAAAUAAUAUUUUUGCUAGUUACAAGUUUCAUAAUAUAGUACAGCAAGAAAAGGAGCCAUUCGAACAGUUCUUGACUAAACUCAAGAUCGAAGUUAAAGAUUGUGGAUACAAAGACCCAGACGAAAUGAUUCGAGAUCGAGUAGUAAUCGGUUGUUAUUCGCAAAAAGUACGGGAGAAAUUAAUACAAGAAGGAUCUGAACUAACCUUAGAAAAGGCAGUUGAUAUCGCUCGAACACGAGAAAUGUCAAACACCCAGCUUCAAAGUAUGGCACCUGAAGAUAACAAUGUACACAGCCUCAGAGACGAACGAGAGAGAAAAUUUCAAUAUAAAGAUGACAAACGACGAAAAGGCCCAAACACCAGAGACGGUUAUACUUAUAAACAACACUGCAGCAAGUGUGGUAUAAAACAUGACCAAAAUAAAUGUCCAGCAGAAGGAAAGACAUGUGCAAAAUGCAAAAAGCUUAACCAUUUUGCAAGAAUGUGCAAAUCGAAGUUCAAAGUCAAGGAAAGAAAAAGGCAAGUACAUGGAGUUGAAGAAGAGGAGUCUGAAGACAGUGACAGUAAACUAUAUGUUGGUUCUGUGGGAACUACAGAUGCCAUAAACAAGAAUGAAUGGUGUGAAGAUGUAAAAAUUGCGGAAAAAACUGUAAAUAUUCAGCUCGAUACAGGUGCAAGGUGUAAUGUAAUUUCCAUCAAAGAUCUUCAAUGUCUUGGAAAUCAACACAAAUAUAAAGAAACCAGAAGCACAGCUCAAGUCAUACUCUGGUCAUGUCAUCACCACAAAAGGAGUAACUAUUUUACCAUGUGA